AUGAUGAUGACGUGCCGUCUGCUGUGCGCCCUGUUGUUGCUUGCCCUGUGCUGCUGCCCGUCCGUUUGCGCGUCAGCGGAACCGGAGCAUAAAGUUGAUGUUCAAGCUUCCCAGACGACCACGACGAAUACAACACAGCCACCAACUACUAAUGACAAGGCUAAUACUCAAGCUGUUGGAAAAGGCGCCGGUCAAUCGUCUCCACAACCAGAGCCAUCACACCCGGCCGCCGGUGAGCCAGGAUCGUCCAGUAAUGCGGCCGCUGCAAAGUCGGGAAAUGGUGGCGGAGGGGGACCAGGAUCUAGCAGUAUAGGAACGAAUUCAAAUGAGGUGCCCAAUACGUUACAGGACAAAGGCAAGGACGGUACGACAGGAAGACAAAGUGGCACUAAUACAUCCGCCGAUAAAGCAGCUCAGGAGGCCAAAGAUGCUGCCCAGACGACCACUACGACCACAACAAAGGCACCAACCACGACGACCACCACUACAACACAUGCACCAAUUACUACGACUACAGAGGUGUCAACUACAACGACCACCCGCGCACCGUCACGUCUUCGCGAAAUCGACGGCAGCCUCAGCAGCUCUGCGUGGGUGUGUGCCCCGCUGGUGCUCGCCGCAUCCGCGCUGGCGUACACCGCUGUGGGCUGA